AAUUUCUUUCAACAGUUAAGAUAAAGUGUUGAACUUAAGUGCGUCUUAUACAAAGUUUAAGUAAAAACAAUUUACAAACUAUGUACAGCAUAAGUGAAAUGAAGGAGUUGAGAACUCGCAAUCAUUGGCGAAUAAGAGAAUUGAAGAGAAUUUCAUAUAUAAUCGGUAUUAAUCUGAAUGCUCAAACGAAGUGCAAAAGAUGGUGGCGAAUCAUCAAUAUUCUGUUCAUAAUUGCAAGUUGUAUUGCUCUAUAUCCGCAUUGGUUAAUGAUAAAACAAGCAGAAGGUGAUAUUCCAUUGAUAGCUGAGACUUCUACCACAGCGCUGCAAACGACGACCGGCCUAAUAAAAAUGGCUUACAUGUUGUUCACUCAGCAUCGAUUUCAUAAACUGCUUCGGAAAGCUGAGACACAUGAACUGCUGCAGGGAAUCGAAAUCUUUCAAACAGAUAUGCCAAUCAAAACCUCUCUGAAGAAGGAGAUUAACUCAAUUAUGGAAAUCAAUUGGAAACAGGCGAGAGGACAGCUUCUGUUCACUUUGGGAACCUGCGUCUGCAUUAUGUCUAACUAUUUCUUCUAUGCAUUCUUCAAAAACUUAUAUAAUCAUUUGAAAGGCACACCAAAUUAUGUGUAUAUUCUGCCUUUCACUGGCUAUCCGAUGUUUCUGCACAAAGAAAUGGCCUCUCCGUAUUAUGCAAUGGACAUGUUUUUCGGUGCUUGCUCGCUUCUGGUCGCCGGCAUGAGUGCUAUUAGCUUCCAGGGUUGCUUUUUGGUGCUUUGUAAGCAUUCCUGUGGACUGGUCCAGGUGUUAUGUCUACUGUUGAAGAGAUCCACCUCAACUCUGGUUCCAAAACCGCAACGUGUGGAAUAUUUGCGCUACUGCAUAGUACAACAUCAACGCACUCUUGAGUUUAUCAGUGAGGUCAAUGAGCUUUUCAGACAUAUUUGUCUUUCCCAAUUUCUUCAUAGUCUGGCAAUUUACGGCUUUGUACUCUUCGAGAUGAACUUCGGCUUGGAAUCAAAUAAAAUCACUUUUAUUCGCAUGUUAAUGUAUUUGUGCGCCGCUACAACAGGUGAUUGCAUGCACUACGUCAACGGACAGUUCCUUGCCAACGAGCUGGAAAAGGUUCCGUUAGCUUGUUAUAACUGUGAGUGGUACCACGAAACAGAUGCCUUUAAGAAGACAUUGAGAAUGAUCAUUAUGCGCUCAAAUAAAAAAUUCUGUUUCCAAAUAUCUUGGUUCACAGUAAUGUCCUUGGCUACAUUGAUGGGUAUAUUCAAAGCGAGUGGGUCAUAUUUUGUACUACUUCGAGAUAUUGAUGAAACUUGAAACGGUUUUAUACAAAAUACAAGUUUUAUGCUUUAUAUUUUUAACCACUGUGUUUGCUUAAGUAAUAAUAAAAGUCUUGCACAUUCUGACAAAAAAGCA